GGAAAGGAUUGCGCGGCGACAAUCGCAAUCGCAGAACACAUCAGCUACCUGAGUAAUGUUAUAAUUUGGCAAUGUAUCACCUUCCCGCGCUCGUGUGCUGACUGUUUGCGGGGCUGCAAGUUUGACUUCUCAACAGUAUGGAUCAUAGGCAUAACCCGCUAGGGCGGAAGGAAAGUGGCAUUGACGAUUUUGAGACAGCGACAUCCCAAGUACCAAGUGGCCAUGCACCCCGACGGACGCGCUUGAGCACGUUAACGCUAUUGUCGCUUGCUCUACUGUUUGGUUUUGGUAUAUGUGUCCUCAGCCUGCAUUUUCAUAAAAUCAGCGACUUGCAUGGAAAGGUACCAGAAGCUACGCCUAGCGAUGGACAUGGUAGCCGCGAACGCCAGGGCCUAGCUGUACGGCCUGCAGACCCUGCCAAGCAAGCAGACGGGAAACUCCAGACCAGCCCUGCUGCUCCCAAUAACACCGGAGUAGCAGGACUUAAUGCCACACAGCAACAACAACAGCAGCAACAACAGCAGCAGCAGCCCAAGGUGGGACAGGAGGCCCAGCAGCAGCAAGGGCUACGAAAAGAGGAGCCGCAGGCGCAAGGCAAUGCAAUAAAGGCCAUUUCACCAGCUGUAGAUACAGGGGGGGCGGGAGCGCAAGGGACUCAAACAGGCAGCUCGGGGCAAGCAACUAGCAGCGGCAAUCCGGCCAGCAGCAGCAGCGGCAGCAGUAGCGGUAGCGGUAGCGGUAGCGGUAGCGGUAGCGGUAGCGGUAGCGGUAGCAGUACGGCAGCACAAGCGGGGGCAUCAGGGGAGGCUUUGGAUGACGGGCCCGACUACGAAGAUGACGGCAGUACGGGACUGGGUGUAGAUGCUGCAUGGCUGUACGACAAUGGGAUGUACGACGAUGAAGACGUACCCCAAGCGGAACAGCAGCAGCAGCAGGGGCAACAGCAGCAGCAGGGGCAGCACAUGAAGGAUACCGCUGCAGCUGCUCCUGCCGUGACCAACAACACAACGGCCACAACCGCAGCCGCCGACCCAGGGGUCGUUCCAGCUGCCGCUGCCACUACCCGCAACGACACCUGCGCCCCCCUCAGUCGCGAGCUGCUGUCCCGGUGGGCUGCCAACGGCACGCUGCUGCUCACCUUCACCAACAGCCGCAUGUUCGCGGGGUUCGGGGCCACCUGGCUGCACCACGUGCGCAAGGCGGGAAUCACCUACUGGGUGAUGGCGGUGGCGGAUGAGGCCACCGCGGCGCUGGUCCGGCGGCGGGGUGUGGAGCAGUGCUUCCUGGUGCAUGAGAACGAGAUUGACGACACCAACGCAACCUUCCAGUGGGGUAGCACCAGCUGGCGGCUGCACACGUGGCAAAAGGUGCUGACGGUGCGGCACGUGCACCACCUGGGCUUCCACGUCAUCCACUCCGACAUGGACGUGGUGUGGCUCCGAAACCCGCUGGAGCACUUUUUGGUCAAGUACCCGGACCCCGACUACUGGGUGUCCAUGGACCCCAUCACCACCUCCAACCCGCUGGGGGACGAGGGGCCGGAGCUGGGGGUCACGGUGCACCACUACAUGAACACGGGUGUGUACUUCCUGCGUCAGACCCCUGGCGGCCGCGCGCUGAUCGACACCUGGUACGACAUCCGUCGGGAGAUGCAGGGCCGCGGCUUCCACGACCAGGACGGACUCUACAAGCACCUGGGCAGGAACAAGGAGGACAUUGACCGCUCCAAGCGCCUGAGUCGCGUGCUGGACGGGCGCACCGCGCUGGCGCAGCUGCCCGCAUCGCUCUUCCAGAACGGCUACUCCCACUGCAUUAACCAAGUACACAAGGUCCACCAUCUGACCCCCUUCGAGGUGCACUUCGUGUGGGUGUGGGGCGGCAAUGUGGGCAAGAUAACACGCAUGCGAGAACAGAGGUACUACAUUGAUCCGCCGCCAUACUAUUCGGAGCCGCUGUUCUUGUCGUACGAUGUACUGCCGAUUGAGGACCCUCCCGGCUACAACGACUGGAAUGACACUGAGGCCAUGGUCCAGGUGCACCUGUCCGCCCUGUCCAGCCAGCUGACCGACUCCUGGCACGGACUGGCGCUGGCGGCGCUGCUGAACCGCACCGUGGUGCUGCCGAAGAUGAAGUGCUUCUGCAUCCAGAACUGGUUCGAGAACCCGCAGUGCCGCCUGCCCGGCGAGCUGCUCACCCGCUUCCCGCUGUCGCCCGCCUGCCCCGCCGACUUUGUGUUUAACAUGGACAAGCUGGCGGAGCUGCAGCUGCCGAGUGGUGGUGGGGGCGGUGGGGGCAGCAGGGCGCUGGAGUGGCGGGAGUUCAGCUUCCUGGACAAUGAGAGGACGCCGGCGAGCGUCAAGGAUCGUCCCCUGGUGGUCACCGCCAAGCCCGGCGCCACCUCCGCAGCCCUGGACGCCCCCUCCAACACCCUCACCAUCCCACCUGGGCUGCUCUCCGACCAGCUCCUAGCCACCCUGCAACCCUUCCUAUCCCCCUCCUCCCCCUCCUCCUCCUCCUCCCCCUCAUCGUCACCCCCAUCUCAGCCCAAGCGUGUGCAUUUCAGCAACCCGCGGCUGGCUUUCGCCGGCUGGAGUGACCCACGGGUCGCGGCCGAGUAUGACGCUCGCUUGGAGGGGCUGGCGGUGCGUUGGUGUUGCCGGCCUGACAAGGUGGCGGCGCAACACAACGUGACGGUGCACCACCAGCUGCAGCUCAAGCCGGCUUCCCAACAGGAGGAGCUCCGGCGGGAGGAACAGCUGCAGCAGCUGAGGCAGCAGCAGCAGCAAGGGGGCAAGCCGCAGCGGUAGGCGGCGCAGCAGCAGCAGCAGGCAGGAGCGAGCGGAGGUGACUCUCCGGGGGUGCUACCUAACUUCGUAAUGCUGCAACCUGCCUAAUGCUGCCUAUUGCAUAACGCUAGCUAACUAAUUAGGCGCUCCUUACGGGGGCUCUUGUAACGAAUGGGAUCUGUAAAUAACGAGUGAGGCUGGUACGGUGAUUGCGUACGGUGUACGGGGGGGGGAGGAGGGGGGUAAGUAAAGUGGAUUGCGGUGGGGUUAUACUGCGGGGUAUGUGCCCUUAAUCACGCUCUCUAACAGGUGUGGUGCUCGUGUGCGUGAUGGCUUUGGAAGUGGCUCGGCAGCUGCCUCUGCCUCCGGCCGGCGACAUCCCGAAUGGAGUGCUCAACGAUGACGUGAUUUGAUGGGGAACAUGAUGGGGAGGCCUCCUGUGGUGAUCAUCCUACUGUGCGCGUGCGAGGGUAUUGCGGUUAUGUGGUGGGCUGAUCAUUGCUCAACAUAAGAGUAGGCGCGCGUCAUAAUGUGCAAGGAAGACGAAACAGGCGCGUUUGGGUAGAGUGUAAGAACUGGUACUUGUUGCGUUUGGGGGGGUCGAGGUCCGUGGGGUUUUGAGUUUGGUUAGGGUUGGAGGGCAACUGGGAGGCCUCGACACAGGCGAACGAGGUGUAUAUGACCGCGUGUGGAUCGGGCGCCGGUUUGUGUAUUCAGGUGCAGUCAAGCGUCGACCUUAAGUAAGGUAGGGUCGGAUUCAGGCUAGGGGCAACCGUGAGGAGAACGGAGGAGCUUAGCAAAAAUGGGUACCUGUAAGGCUGUCGGGAACCUAGAG